UUUACUUGUGAAAAUCGUCAAUCUCUUCCGAUGGCGAAGGCUCGAAAUUGCUACAUCAAAUACAGUCUGCAAACCAAGUGCAGGAUAUGCCUGACUCAAAGUUGGAAAACCGGAACCGAUUUGACAUCGCCUAUGAACUCGAAGGCGGACCAGGUGACUGUAGCGGCCGCCUUGGAGGAUUUGAUGGGUGAAAGAGUGCCAAUCGCCGCCGCGUAUCCUUCAACGGUGUGCGGCAUGUGCCUGGGGCUGCUCAAUAUAGCUUCCGACUUGAAAGUUCAGUUCAAAGAGAACCAAAAAGUUAUUGCGGAUGUUUUGGGCGAGGUAGAGCCGCAGGUGGUUCGAGAGAAGGAACCGCAGGCCCCCGUCGAGCUAGUUGUAGGCGGCAAAACGUACGAUAUUAAAAACCUACUGAUAGUGGAAGAGGAGAAUGAAAACGAGACGUUGAGUAAUUUUGAUGGUUUUCUGAGAAAUUUGGGUAAUACCAUAACGGCCACCUUUGUCAAUAAACAUGCAAAGCCGUCAAAAUUAGUCUGUGAAACAAAAGUGAAAAUAAAAAGACGUCCUACAUCCUAUGUCUUACAGAAUAAGUCAAAAACAGAUUAUGUAAUUGUUCCAAACAGUGAGGAAGAGUUAGACUCUAAUGAAAUAGAUCGAGAUGGUCAGAAACAACUGAACCUAAAUAUUAAACCAGAAAAUUUAGGUCUUUUUUCAGAAACAGAGAGAGACCUUAUAAAUUCAGCCAUGAAUAUGGUCUACAGUUGCAUGUAUUGCAAAAAGCCUUACACCUCCCUGGCAAGAUUAAAGACCCACCUGGGAGUGUGUGGCAAAAUUUCGAGUUUGCGGUGCCCUUUAUGCAAUAAAAAGUUCAUUCAAAAAAAAUUUUUGACAUACCACAUUAGAAAAGUUCACCUAACUGUUCAAAAUUCUACAGAUAUUAAGGAGAGUAAUCAAAAUCCUCUCAAAUGUACAACUUGCGGGACUGUGUGUCGGAGCUACAGUAAUUUAAAUUAUCACAGGAUAAAGCACAAAGGAAAGCAGUGCGCAUGCGACACAUGCGAUAAAAAAUUUUAUACAAGAAGUCAAUUGGCAUUUCACAAACAGAUCCAUUCGAAAAAGGAAACCCGCGUGCUGUGCCCUAUCUGUGGCAAAAGCUGUUACUACCAGAGCGGUCUGUUUUACCACAUGAAAGUACACACGGACCAGAAAAAUUUCCAAUGCAGUUAUUGCGACAGGCGUUUCUUUUAUUCCGCUUCCUUGAAACGACACGAACGCACACAUACCAACGAAAGACCCUUCCUUUGUAAAUUUUGCGGUAAGGGCUUUAGAUCGAUAGACGAGAAAAAAAAGCAUGAGUAUAUUCAUACCGGGGAACGGCCGUACCAGUGCGACUAUUGCGACAAAGGUUUUACUAAAACUUUUAGUUUACAAGUGCAUUUGAUGACGCAUACCGGAAACUAUGAAUGCGAAAUAUGCCACAGGGGCUUCGUUACCCCCAAAGUUGUAGAGUUUCACAUAAAACACAAGCACCGCGUAAAAGAUGGUCAGGAAGAAUGCCAGGAAGAUCAGGUUGAAUCUCCAGUAAACACUUUCUUAGAGGGAGAGGAUAAGGCAGAAGAAUAUGUGAUUGAAAUGAUAGCAAACGAAGAUGAACUCGAAAAUUAUCAAGAAAUUCAUGAGUUUGAUAUAAUAGAUGAAGCGACUGAAACCCAGUUUAUAAACCCAUUCGAAUAAAGUUUUC